UUGACAUGAUGCCACUUAACGAAUUGUGUCACUGCGGGCGAAAUCUCACGUUUUGGUUGCUUCACCGGCCGCCUCCAUAUAAAUUCAGUUACCCAAAGAUGAAGUUCUUCUUUUACUGAUCAGAAAGUUCUGGAAGCGAUGGGAAAGUAUAGCCAAGCGAACGCUGGCUGGAUACUUAUGCCGAACACCUGGGGACAAACUAGCCGAUGGUUUUUAAUAUCGCUCAUUGCCUGUGCAUUUUUGCCCUGCGUGUUCAGCACAAGAUCGCGCAUGGCGCCCCCAGGUCAUGAAAUAAUAUUAGCCAGAGAUUCCAUCAAAGAAAGUCAUAAAGUGCUCACCACUAACGGGGUGGAAUGCAAAUUUCCGUUCCGGCUCGGAGGGACCAUUCACCACCAGUGCAUCUCAGUCAGCUCCCGCCGACCCUGGUGUUCCCUCACCCAUAACUUCGACAGGGAUCAUCGAUGGGGCUUCUGCACAUCUGAGAACCGCCAUCCGAAUGACAUCCCGGUGUCUAGACGGGAGCCGGACCCGUGUGGGGGUAACCCGUGCUGGCAUGGUGGCCUGUGCACCAGGGGCUCCCACAACCGCACCUUCGAGUGCACCUGUCCAGAGGGCUACUCGGGGAGACGCUGCGAGGAGAGGCAGUGUUAUGAGGAGACUCACCUGAGGUAUUAUGACUCGGAUGACUCGUGGGGCCGCAUCGCAGAGGGCUUGGUGGAGCAGUGCACCUGCCGAGAUGGACGAUCGGUCUGUGGACGCACACGCUACACAGUCUGCUCGUGGAACCCGUGUGAGAACCAGGGUACGUGCCGCAAAAUCGAGGCCACGGGAGAGGAGGUGUGUGCCUGCAGGUCUGGCUACAGCGGGCCCUUCUGCAGCAUCGUCCCUGCUGCCCACUGUUAUGAAGGCAAUGGCGUCAGCUACAGAGGAACGGCCCUGAGGACCAGGUCUGGAGCCCGCUGUCUGCCCUGGAACUCAGACCUGCUGUUCGACGAGCUGAGCCUGGACCGGGCCAAAGACACCAACCUCCAGGGCCUGGGAGAGCACUCCUUCUGCAGGAACCCUGAUAAAGACAGCAUGCCCUGGUGUUACACGAUGCAGUCCGGAGCCGUGUCCUGGGAAUACUGUGACAUUCCUGCCUGCGUCAGACGCAUACCAUCCACGCGAUUCCAGCCUCCUCCGCCCCGCGACAGGCCCACACCCAACCCCACCCGUGUCAGACGUCCCGGCCCACGCCCUCGACCCGCGCCCAGGCCAAUCCGACCCAACAAGUGUGGCACGCGGCACCAGAAGCGUGUUCCGCGGGGCCGGAUCCUGGGGGGCACCUCGUCGCUGCCCGGGUCGCACCCCUGGAUGGCAGCCAUCUACAUCGGGGAGGAGUUCUGCGCCGGCACCCUGGUGCACGCCUGCUGGGUGGUGUCGGCCGCACACUGCUUCUUCCGCAAUCCAAUGGAGUCCACUAUAAGAGUGGUUCUUGGUCAGCAGAUCUUCAAUGACACGGGUCCCGAUACCAGGACCUACGGUGUGGAAAAGUACAUCUUCCCUCCCAAGUACAGCCAGUUCCACCCUACCGAACAUGAUAUAGUGCUGGUGAAGUUGAAGAGGAAGGAGGGCCGGUGUGCGCGCAGGACGACCUUCAUCCGGCCCAUAUGCCUGCCGGAGAAGAACACCACCUUCCCCGACUACUACUGCUGCCAGAUCACAGGAUGGGGACACAUGCAGGAGACCCACGCAGGAGAGGCUUCGUAA